AUGUCACAGACAACCUUGUCUUCGCCGCUUUAUCACCACCGGCAGAAAGCGACUGUCAUGUCAUUCCUCGAGGAUGGGCAGAAUGAAGCUACACUCCUGUGGGGUGGUAGAGCUCUUGGAGAGAAAGGCUGCUACAUCGAACCUGCGCUCUUCAUUGAUCCUUCUCCAGACGCUCGAAUUCUCAAGGAAGAAAUCUUUGGUCCUAUCCUUGUAGUCUCAAGGUUCUCGUCGGACGAUGAGGUCCUCAAAAUGGCCAACGAUACCGAAUUCGGGCUCGCCGCCUAUGUUUGGACCAAGGACCUCGGACGGGCCUUGAGAUUUGCACAGCAGCUGGAAGCUGGAACUGUCAGCGUGAAUGGGGCUGGAGGGGUCAGCCCCGAUGUGCCUAUGGGAGAAAGUGGCCAGGGACUUGAGAAUGGGAAGGAUGCAAUGUUGGACUGGACACAGUCAAAAUCGGUGGCAAUUACCAGUUGA